AUGCGAAGGCCCCUGUCACUACAAAUUACUCCGCUGUGUGAAAGCGAACAACACUAUGAAUACUCUGGACGGUGCUGCACAAAGUGUGAGCCAGGAAAGUAUAUGUCUGCUAGAUGCACUGGUACUUCUGAUAGCGUGUGCCAGCCGUGUGGCCCAAACGAGUACAUGGAUGUCUGGAAUGAAGAAGAUAAAUGCCUACUACAUAAAAUAUGUGAUCAAGGGAAAGCUUUGAGAGAAGUGAACCCGGGGAACAGCACGUUCCAGAGGCAGUGUGCUUGUACAAUGGGCUACCACUGGAAUGAAGACUGUGACUGCUGUCAGCGAAAUACCAUAUGUGCUCCAGGAUUUGGAGUCAAGCAUCCUGUGCAACAAGACCAGGACACAAUGUGUAUACCAUGUCCCAGAGGUUACUUCUCAAAGGUCGCUUCAUCUACUGACGAGUGUAAAUCCUGGACCAACUGUACAGCUGUAGGAAUGGCAGAAGUCGUGCCUGGGACUGAGAAGUCAGAUGCAGUUUGUGCAGAACGGACAAUGCCUGAGCCAUCGGAAGACGGAACAAACCGGAUCUUAUAUGUGUUGAUUGUCAUCUCGUUUUUUGUGGCACUAAUUGGCAUUGUCAUCUUCAUCGUGUACUACAAAAAUAAGGGAAAAAAGCUGACAGCUACUCUUUUUGUUUUACUACAGAACUGGGCUAACGAAGUGUGCAGCCAAAUAAAAGGCACGAAGGAGCCCCCCCGAGAUACAUCUGUUACCAUGAACAUCAUGAAUGUUGUUGUCCCCCAGACCUCUGAAGGCAUGUGCCUCCUGGGCCCCACUGGCUCUCCUGCCCCUGGAAACUCAUGCUGCACCAGCGGACACGCUCCUUGCAGGAACAGGAGCCCCAGCACAGCACCGUGCGAGGUGGGAGGGAGCCUCCAAGAGUUUUCUGUGGUAACUGAGACUGAUGAUGACCAUUUCCCACCAGUUCCUACGGAAGAUGAAUACAUGGAUAAGGAUCUCAAUACCGCUGAUUAUUUAUCCUUACUGAGCCAGACUGCCAGUAAAACUAUGUCGUCAUUUUCAGAACCGAUGGAGGCAGGGGAGAACGACAGUUUAAAUCAGUACUUUUCAGGGAUUGGGAGCUCAGAGGAUAUAUCAGUCUCUCAAGGCUCUCACCCUUUCACAGAUGGGGCACACACUGCCACGGACAAACUUCUUCAGAAAUCUUGCCAACAUGCCCACAGUUGCCUGAAGGAAACAGGCAGCAAAGACACAGAUCAUUGUGCAACAAACUCUGACUCAGAGAAGAUCUGUGUGAGGUGUGGCAUUUCGUACAGGGAAUCUCCCAGAAUACGGAGCAAACCCUAUUGUGCUGCAGCUGACAGUGCCUCCACCUCCCCAGAAACUGGAUCCUAUGCACAGUGCACCUGUGGCUUGAAUUUUCUCUCUGCUGGUCAGAGCACACUAGCAAGUGAUGGUGGUAUGGAAGAUACAUCUUCAGAUAGUAGCAAUGUGAAGUACCAGAACACAAGCAGAAGCACUUCAGGGACAAACAGAAGCACUUCAGGGACAAACAGCAGCACUUCAGACCUUCCUCCAGCUUCUGGAAAUGUGACUGGAAACAGUAACUCCACCUUUAUCUCAAGCGGACAAGUAAUGAAUUUCAAGGGCGACAUCAUUGUUGUCUACCUUAGCCAGAACUCCCAGGAGGGCGCCACGGCCUCGGGGCCAAGCGAGGAGAACGUGGGCAGCCCGGUGCAGGAGGAAAACCUCAGCCGCUGCGAGACGUUUGCCGGCAAUGCCCAGCACUACAAGGAGAAGUGCGCGGAGCUGCAGCAGGGCUCCU